AUGUCUAACAACGAUUUCAAAGAUGAUAAUGAUUUAGCCAACAAAGUUGGCACUACUAGUACUACUUCUACUACCUCUACUACUUCAACUUCUACUGUUGCAGAUAAUGUAACAUCAACAAUAACAACAACAACAGGGGAGAAAAAGAAGAAAAAGAAAAAGAAUAAGAAGAAGAAGAACAAACAACCCAAACAAAUUAAUUAUGAUCUUGGAGAGUUUUUACAAGGUUUGGCUGAUGAAAAGGACCAUGUAGACAACCACAUUUACAACUAUGGCAAUGUGAUAGAUGUAAAACGAGUUGAUACUUCCAAGCAUUGGACUGAAGCUACUCUUGGACAAUACCUCAAAGAUGCUGGUUUUGUUAGAGGUUCAGAGGACACUCAACUCAACAAGACAAGAAUCAUACCUUUUUUCUUCCAUUUUAUCAACAAGAUGUUGUUCCUAGCUAGCAAGUUCCAAGACAAAGAAGAAGAAGGAGAUGAAUUUGGUCAGCUUGGGCCACCUGAAAAAGGUACAAAUUCAGAUUUUGUUGCUCUCCUUUCCUUCUCUGGAUCUGAAGUAUUUUCAGUGAUAGAAACAAGACUACCUCCAUCUUAUUUUAUUUUAUCAACAUUGCUUGUCGUCGCAGGAUACACAAUGGGUUUUCCUACCUAUUGCCAAGGUCGUUUCCCAGACACAAUCAAGCAUACUUUGGUCAAGAUGAACAAAGAGAUACCACGUACUAUGCCAGACCUCGUUAUCAAGAUUCAACAUUGUUACAAUAGAUACCAUGGCUCUGCUGACCGACAAAGACCCAUUGUUUGGGACAAGGACAAGUUGACACAAUACCUCAAACACAAUUUGAUCAGACAGUACAGUACUACAAGAUAUCCACCAACUAAAGAGAAUUUUGAACGAAUCAUUGCGUUGUCUAAAAAUGGGAUGAUGAUCGUCCAUCGUACUACCUCUACAUAUGAUAAUCCAAUCAAUGAUACCGAUUCAAUUGAAGUUGUAAUUGAAAAGAUUGGUCGUACAGUAAUACAACUGUGGAAAAAAAAAGUAGCCUGGGCUGAUGAUAUGAUGUUGGCAGUACUAGAAAUCACACUUUUGGCAUUUCAGACUGGUAUCUCCAACUAUGUCUAUCCUCCAUUGACUGAUUGUCUCAAAAAAGUGGUAUUGGAUAGUCUAGAAUAUCCAUUGUUCAUCUUUGGAGAUGAUCUAAAUAUCCAUUUUUCAUCUAGAACAAGAUCUAAUUAA